AAAUUGAUUGUGCCUCUGCGGCCACCGUACUUGUUGUGAACUGGGAGCAAGUAGCUAACCAUUAGCUAAGCAAAGCAAUGGCUGAAUAUUCUCACGUAAAAACAACCAAAUUGGUUUUGAAAGGUCUUAAAAAAGGGAAAAAGAAGAAGAAUAAAGAUAAGAAGAGAAAAGCGGGAGAUGAAGAAGAAAAGCCUGAUAUUGUUGGUGGUUGGUGGUGCGUCAGCAACUUUGGGGAAAUCACUGGAUUGGUUGCCAUAGAGAUGCAGAACUACUCGUACAUCCAUGCCCUGGACAGCGGGCUCUUCACACUUGGUGCACCGCACAAAGAGGAUGAAGGACCUGACCCUCCAGAACAGUUGACAGCCAUCAAGGUCUCAGACACAAGGAUAGCCUUAAAGUCUGGGUAUGGCAAAUACCUGGGUAUCAACUCUGAUGGUCUGGUGGUGGGCCGCUCUGAUGCCAUUGGCUCCAGGGAACAAUGGGAGGUGGUCUUCGAGGAGGGUAAAAUGGCUCUCCUGGCAGCAAAUAGCUGUUUCAUCUCCUACAGUGAGAGCGGGGACAUCGAAGCCAAGAGCAAGACAGCAGGGGAGGGCGAGAUGCUGAAGAUCCGAUCAGGUGUGGAACGAGAGGUCAAGCGUAAAGAUGACAUUGCAGAAGAGGACAGGGGCAACGUGAAGUCCUGCGAAGUUAAUUAUGUGAAAAAGUUUCAGAGUUUUCAAGAUCGACGACUCAGGGUUAAUGAAGAAGACUCCUCUGAGCUGAAGAAAGCCAGAACGGACGGGAAGUUUCACGAAGAAUUGCUCGACAGGAGAAGCAAAAUGAAAGCAGACAGGUACUGCAAGUGAAGACUCACCUUUUUAAAUGUAUUUGUUAAGGUCUUCAUUUUUAAACGUUUUUUCCAUUUGGUGUGACAUGGUUUAUUUUUUAUUUUUAAUAAAAUGACAUGGUCAAAUUA